ACUUAGGUAAGACACCUACCACGAUUUAAAGGAAGAUGGAAAGUACAAAUGAUAAUAUUUCGCAAAAGGUUUAGUCGUCAUAAAUCCGGAGCAUUUAUAAUGGUUUUUCAUAAAUAUACGGAAUUAUCGUUUGCGCAUUUACAACAGAAAGGUGUGAUUGGGCUUACACCGAUGGCGUCCGUGGCUAUUAUUGCUGGAGUGUUGGGCGGACUUCUUCUGGGUUUGAUUGCAUUAGGAAUACUUCUGUAUUGUUUGUGUCUUAGACGAGAGGUCGACAAAGGUGAUGAAAACAGAAUAGAGCAUCAGCCUGAGAGUGAAUAUUUUGAGACUAUCGACUUCGCAAAGAUCAGAAAAAACAACAUGCAUAGAGAUGAACAUAUCCGAGAAUUGAACCUUUCGUCAGAAACACAAAUAUCUAAUACGUCUAAAGACCUGACAAGUAAUGAUGAAUAUUAUGAUGUCAUACACGGAAACACAAACAACUCAGUGACAGCUGAUAAUGCUAAACCAAACAGUGGAGUGAGAACAAAUGAAGAGAAGCGUUUCAAAUACCAAAGUAACUGUGGUUAUGUAAACAACACUCUUGUAAAUGAUACCGGAGAUGGCGAUAGUGAUACAUGUGACAAACAAACACCACAAAUACAAGAAAUAGCUGGGAAGGUGGACCACUGUAAUCAUGUGAUAGAUAGGGGAACAGAAAGAGAAAACCUAGAGCAAUAUCGCACGAAUUCGCCGGAAGCUGAAAUAUACUUUAUCUUGGAGAAUACUACUUCCGCUCCCGACAUGAACGAAAACAACAUUUCUCAGACAGACAUUAGUAUUGUGCAAAAGCACAAUAGAGAUGGUAAAGAACCCAUAUCGGACCAUGUAGAAAAUGUUUAUAGUAACCAGAGAAAACAAUUAUUUGAUGACCGAGGACCGGACGAGAAGGAUAGUGAUGAUAUGUAUUUUGUUCUAGAGAAAUCUUAAAAAGUGACAAGACGUAAUAAAUCUCUUGAACAAUGUAUUCCUGGAGAAAUUACAUGUAGAUCUUGUGCACGUCUGACCAAAGGAAUAAUGACCUUUACUGUUCAUUUUGAAAAUGUAUUUCGUGAUAAAAAAUGUGUCAUUUUUAUGAAAAGAAAUGGGAUGUUUUGGGGGACAAUCAAUAACAAUAACAGAUUUACCACUGACUUCAGUCAAUACAGAUUUGUCUGUCCAACAGUUUUGAUGACCCCCUUAUCAUAUUUCCUUACUUAAAGGUCACUAAGCUGUCAAAGUUGUAGUGUAUUCCUACAUUCCCAUUUUCCUGACCAUCAUUAGGUAUAAAAUUGCUCCAAAACUAAAUGUUAGUUUUGUGAAAAGCAUAUUAUUGAUAUAUUCUAUUUAGAAAAAAAACUUUGUCGUUAAAAGGCUGUAAAUACUGUAAACGUAUUAUAUUUGGCGUGUACGAUAUUUGGCGGAAAUCGUUUUUUCAACAAGUUAGCGUAGAUUUGAUUUAGCGCAUUCCUGAAUUACUUUAAACAUCUCGAUUUACGGAUGGCAUUUAGCGAUGUACUUGAUUUAGCGGAAGCUGCGUUCCGCCAAAGGCGCUAAAUAGAAUACACAGCCAAAUGUAAUACAUUUACAGUAUACUGAAUAUGAGAAAUACUGUCAGAAUAUAUGUGACUUGCUUUAAUUAUGUGGUGUUAACAGAAAACAAUUGCUUUACAUGAAAUGAUUGAAACGGAACAGUGGACCAAACACAAUUCUUCCUCUUUCUCCGAUUCUCUCUUAAUCUCUCUCCCCCUCUCUCUUUUCAUUUUCUAGUUCUUCAAUAGAACAUAUCAUUGGGUCAAAUGCUGUCUGAAGUGUUUCAUACCGAUUGGUAGACCGUUUUUGGCACACUGAUUUUGACUACGGAUAACUCCGUUUAUAUGAUCAGGAUAUAGGGCUCACAGCGGGAUGUGACCGGUCAACAGGGGGAUGCUUGCUCCUCUUAGGCACCUGAUCCCGCCUCUGGUGUGUCCAGGGGUCCGUGUUUGCCCAACUAUCUAUUUUCAUUUACUUAUAGGAGCUAUAAGAUUGAUCACCGUUUGCUAUCUUCGCCUUUCCUUUCUACAUGUAUGUGCCUCCUAAAUGAUUCGAUAAACGAAAGCGUGUUCUUCGUGUGAUCAAUUUUUAAAUGGAGACAGGACCUGCCAAACAAGUUGAUGUUACAGUAAUUUCAACAGUCUCGUUUAAAGUAAGUAUUUACAAAUACAGUCUGUCAUCGGGUUGAAUGUCGUUUGAUAUGUUUCAUACCAAUUGUUAGGCCAU